UUACUUGCUGCCCUCUGAAUGCACUGAGCACACACCGCACGUCAGGAGAGAAAAGCUUUGCUAUCCGAUGCCGAAACUGGGGUGAUGGAUUGGAGAGAGAAUUAAAGAGCAAAUCUUAACUAAACCACAAGUCUUCUUUGGAGGCUGGACGAGCAGACACAGCUGAGAAGUUGUCCCGAUGCAACAUCUUCCAGAAAAAGUAAGUCGGAGGCUGGGUGACUUACGGUUUCAGGAGCCGAUCAUUUCUCAGUCCCUGAAGAGGGAUUCUUUUUCCCCUCCGAGGAAUCAAAAGAAUGAACUUUGGGAGAUACUAUCUUUUUGCCAUUCCCGUGCUGACCGUGGCCCUCUUCAUCCUGCUGUACAACCAUCAACUCUAUCAAUCAAAGAGUUAUCAGCGGUUAAAUGUGUCUAAUGAGCGAUCUCUAUCCCAGUUCUGUAAUACCGUCGUAGAAGGGAAGUCAACAUUUGUGUGGGAGAAAGUAUUAAUGCCUUUAUUUGGAAGAGUCUCUUGUAAGGAGUACUUGCUCCAAAGUCACUACAUAACAGCUCCCCUGUCGAAAGAAGAAGCCCAGUUCCCUUUGGCUUAUGUAAUGGUCAUUCAUAAGGAUUUUGAAACCUUUGAGAAGCUCUUCAGGGCGGUUUACAUGCCCCAAAAUGUUUACUGUGUUCACGUGGAUGAGAAGACUACAGCUGAGUUUAAAGAUGCUGUGGAGUGGUUGGUGGGCUGCUUCCCCAAUGCUUUCCUUGCCUCCAAGUUGGAGCCUGUUGUCUAUGGCGGAAUAUCCAGGCUCCAGGCUGACCUGAACUGCAUGAAAGACCUUGUAGCCUCUGAGGUUCAGUGGAGGUACAUUAUUAACACUUGUGGGCAAGAUUUCCCUCUGAAAACCAAUAAGGAAAUAAUCCAGCAUCUGAAAGGAUUUAAAGGGAAAAAUAUCACCCCAGGAGUGCUGCCUCCUGCACAUGCUAUUGAAAGGACUAAAUAUGUCUUCAAAGAAUAUAUUACCCCUCAAACCUCAUAUAUGCAAAGAACCAGAAUUUUAAAAUCCUUGCCUCCCCAUCAACUAGUAAUUUACUUCGGCUCAGCUUAUGUUGCCCUCACAAGGGAGUUUGUCAACUUUGUUUUCCAAGACCAUCGGGCCAUUGAUUUACUCCUAUGGUCUAAGGACACCUACAGCCCUGAUGAACAUUUCUGGGUGACACUCAAUCGGAUCUCUGGUGUCCCUGGAUCCAUGCCAAAUGCAUCCUGGGAAGGAAACCUCAGAGCUAUAAAGUGGCGCGACAUGGAAAGUGAACAUGGAGGCUGUCAUGGUCACUAUGUACGUGGAAUUUGCAUCUUUGGAAACGGUGACUUAAAAUGGCUAUAUGACUCCCCAAAUAUGUUUGCUAACAAGUUUGAGCUUAAAACAUAUCCACUUACUUUAGAAUGUCUGGAACUGAGGCUUAGAGAAAGAGCCUUAAACCAAAGUGAAAUUCCAGUACAGUCAAGCUGGUAUCUUUGAUCCUCCACGACUCAGGAUUCAAGAGAGUCAAGGCAGGAACAGAAGCUUAGUUAAUGACUUUCAGUUUGGAAAGGAAGCUCUUUAUUUCUUAAAGACUUGGUCUUUAUCAAGUCACAGUUUUCAAGAAUUAGCUCUAAAAUGAUGAUGAACAUUUUGGCCACCCAAGAUGAAACACUGGCUAAAGCAGAAGCUGGUUUCCAAGUCAUGAGCAUGGACUGGUUGGGUACCUGUGACUUUUUUCAUUCUACAAAUUUCAUCUAUUGAUAUAUUAUAGAAACAAUACUUGGGCCUUUAUUAUAUCUACACAUCAGAUAUCCUAAGCAUGCUGAAAUAUAAAGAAAAAAGCCUAGUGCUCUUGUUCCUAUGUCUGCAACAAAGCAUAAUUAGUUUGCCCCCAAGAAGGAAUUAUUUCUGAUUUAUAACAGUGCCACAAUGAGAUACAGACAACUUCCAUGUUCUUUCUAGCAUAUAUAUAUUCUUAAUAAUAAUUAGAUAUCUGGUUCUCUUUUCCCCAAACCCAGGCUGGCAGAAUUGAAGCCAGACAUUGGUUCUUCAGUACUGCUAUCUUUGAUUUUCUGUAGUCUAAAGAUUAUGUAUAUUUUCAUGUCUCCAGCAAAGGAUAGAGCAAGAUUUGAAGCACUGAAUGAUGUCUACUUCAUUGAAAAAAAAGUCUGUGAAAUUGUCCUUUCUCCAUUACAAAUUCUGGGUUUUCUGUGUCCUUAGCUCUCUUUUAUAUUUACCCACUGAGCAAGGAGUUGUGAUGCCAGCUUGGAUAUUUGCUGGAGAGCAGCUGUGAAAUGAAGAAAAUUUCAACUUUACUGAAGCAUGGAUUUCUUCUCUGUGUGUAUGGGGAAAACAAUGCACUUUUAUAUGUCUGUGGGAUUUGAAAAGGAAUGAAUUCUUAAGUGCUACUUGAACUCUCUGAUGUAUCAGAGCUAAUCACUACACCUUCCCAUGAUUCCUUCCAUGCUGUUCUUAAUAACAGCAUCCCAGAGAGUAGAUUGUACUCUGUCUAGCAGAGCUUUACCUUGAGCCAGUAUAAAAUAGCUUUGUCAGGUAGUAUCAGCUAUAGGAAUAUAAAACAGUACAGAUUUUGUUUCCAUUCUCCUUUUUAAUAAAAUAAAGCAAGUAACUCUGGGCAUUCAAUCACAGAAAGAAGAUUCUAAGUUCCUGAAAACAAAUCGAGGCAGUUACCUCAGCACGAGGAAUUGUAGAGGUUAUAGAGAAUUGUAUAACCUCGUUCUUUUAAUGUAACAUAAUCAGGGUUUAAGAUACCUGCACCUGAGUUUUCCAGAAUUGCUGUCAGGGCAUGGAGGCUUCAGGUUAGGGGACCAAGUUGAAGGGAAAAGAAAUUGGCCAACCACCUUGAGAGGAAAUGUUACAGGUUCUUUGGUAACUGGUUCCUCCUGUUAAAACAUUCCAUUUGUUUUUGAAACUGGAACCUACUCAGAAGGAGAGUAGAAGUCACAAUUUUUUUUUUUGUAAGAGGAAGAGUCAAUCAUUUUGUAUUACACUGUGGCAUCUUAGGCCAUUUUACUGUGAUCAGGAGAAUGUGUUCCAACUAUGACAAAAGCCAGCCUCCUCAGUAACAUUUGAUUGAAGUCUAUGUUGGCAUCCCAUGAAUACUUUGGAUUGCUCCUUUUUUUCUGAUUAAAAUUCUUACUAGAGAAUCAAUAGUAUAUAUUUAGGUAAAAAAAUGGUAUUUUUUCUUCUGUAAUUUGUGCUUGUUCAAAGUUAUCCCUGUGUCACAUGUAAGGGGACCAACUUUGCCAAAGGGAAAAGUACGAUUUUUCCAGUUAAAGAAUAAACUGUGACCAAUCAGAGGGAAGACCAACCAACUUGUAACCAGUGAUGUCAGAAAAUAGAUUCUGAAGAUCUACAUAAAUAAGCUGGAAGCAAAAGACUGUUUUAUACACUGGACUUUGCCAGGAGAAAUCUUUCAGGAAUAGAUGUUUACACGUCAGCUACAGCUGUCCUACAUACUUUCCAGGGGGAACGUUUUGGAGGGGAGCCUCAAGCUGAUAGAUGAUCACUGGCCUGUUUGGCAUGCCCUUAAACUACUGAUUAUGUCUUUGUUUUGAAUGACUUUUGUGUUAUAUUUUCAUUGAAAUAAAUUAAUAUAUUGCUGUCUACCUUUAUA